AUGUCAACGCUGCACUCCCCUUACAACAACGGCCAGGCAGCAGCGGCGACCGGAACAGCCGGCGCGACGUCUCUAGACGCAGCGCAUGACCCGUCUCUGGGUCCGCCAGCAGCAUCGCGGGAUGUGGCCCUGGCUGCAGCAACAGUAGUAGCGUCGGGCGGGGCGCCGCUGCCGACAGACUACUCGCGCGGCUACGGGGCGAUGACACCGGUGAACCACGCGGGCGGGCAGCUCCUGCCGCCGCCGGGCGCAUACCACCAGCAUUCGCAGCACCAUCACAGCCAGAAUUCGGUAGCGCCGCACCACCACAGCCUGCCGGCAAUUGACAUCAACGGGCAGUCGGCGGUGACAUAUCCAGGGCAGCUACGGGCUGGCGGACGGGACGACGAACAUGGCGGCGAGCCUGAUGCAGUCGCAGACGCAGUGGGGGCCGGCGCCGGCAACGCCGUUGUCGCCGCACAACACGACGACGGCGGUAGCAGUGGCCGCUGCGCAGCAGCAUUCGCCCCAGUCGUGGUAUGGGCAGAUGUACGGCCAGCCGCAGUACUCGCCGACAGGCCAUCAGAUGGUGAUGUACCAUGA